GUCUUAUAUAAAAACAAUAUAACUCCCCAUCUAAGAUAUCUUCAAUCUCCUCAUUACUUGUUACAGCUACCCCACUUUUUGUUGUUGCAUUUCUUUCAUACUCAACAAACAAACAAACAAAAAUAAUCUCAUCAUGAGCUCUGACAACGGAAAUAGUGAUCAGGAGAUCGACCCCGACCGUUUGUUCUGGCAAAACACGGCUUCAUACAAUGGCAGCAGCAAGAUUUUACUCAUCACCAUCGUUGCUUUCUCUAUUAUCAUCCUCAUCGUCUUUGCUUAUCAUAUAUACGAAAGAUUCGUUCUCCGCCGCCGUAGAUCCACCUUCCAAGACCACACUUUCUCCGUCGUCUCUGAACCGCCCAAACGUGGCCUCGACAAAGUUGUCAUUGCUUCUCUGCCUACGUUCGUGGUUGGAGUCAACGGUGAUAACGUAUCGGCUACGGAAUGUGCGGUGUGUCUAACCUUGUUGGAGGAGAAAGCUUUCCACGUGAGGAUGUUACCGAACUGCAAGCACGUGUUCCACGUGACAUGCGUGGACACAUGGCUAACAACGCGCUCCACUUGCCCAAUUUGUAGAAAUGAAGUCGAGCCGAGUCAAAGACUUGAGCCUGAGCCAAGAGAAGGGCCUGUUGGCGACGGUGCAUCUUCGUCGGAUAACAAAAGUGGCGGGUCAUUGGCUGUGCGGUUAGAUUCUUUUCGGAGGAUUUUGACACGGGAAAGAUCUUCGGACAGGAACGAUCAUUCUCGCGUUGACCAAGAUCGUGUAUUAGAUCUUGAAAGACAAUGAAUGAUAGUGUACCCUUGUUCACUUACAAUACAAUAGUACUCUUGUUCCUUUCAUUUCCAAAAUCUUUUGUAUGUUACUGUACAAAGUACAAAUUAGUUCAAAAGCUCGUUGUUGAUUAACGUGUGAAAAGAAGAAAAUAAAAAGUGUUGAACUUGUAAAAUACAA